CAGCCGUUACUUUGUUUACCAUAGCCUUGAAGAGAAGUUUAGAUUAUAUCAUAUACUGGGUAUUACAUCACAACAAAUGAAAUUACGGAUUCUGUUGUAGAAUUGCAUUUUGUUAUUGUUAAAAAUGCCACCAAAACGACAAAACAUUGGUCGCCUCACAAAUGAAGCCAAGAGAAGUAAAGUGAAAAGAAAAAAACAGAGGAUGGAAAAUUACAAUGAGAAGAAAGAAACAGAACAUGUUAAUAACAGUCAAUUGGUAUUGAAUAAUCAUAACAACAUGAAGCACAAAAUGAAUGAUGGACAAGAUUCACAAGUGACUAGCUUAACCUCAGUGUCAACUAGAAAAAGAAAAAUUCAGUAUCCAUCUGAAGGAAAGCAAGAGUUUCUUGGUUUUUCCAAAAGUGCAACCGAUAAAAAUAUUGCCCCUAUCAUAAAAACUGAAAUUCUGGAUCCAUCUGAACAAAACCAAGAAUUAAUUUUACCUGAUUAUCCUGAGCAUGUAACUACUAUAGAUCCCAUGUCUGUAGUUAAGAUUGAAAUUUUGGACUCAUCUAAAAUUAAUACCAAACCUCUGUUGUCAAAUAUUAAGAUGGAACAUAUACAAAUUGACACACCUGUAGAUGAAUUAUCGAGAGUUGAAAAAUAUUCUGAAAGUAACAUAAACAAUGAAAAAUCCAGAACUUUUCAAUAUAAACUAACCAAAUGUUUUGUGUUGUUGCAUGACUGCCUAAUUCCUGAAAAUUUAGCUUCAAUAUCAGCAAAUUUCAAGUCUUUAAAAAUCAAUACAGAUGUGUCAAAAUUUUAUACUAAGGUUGAAUUAUUGCCUUUAAGUGAUUCCCCAUUUUUUUGUCAUAUUUCUGAAACUUAUAAAAAUUUGGAACUUUCUGGUACUAAUAAAAAAAUAUCAUUUCGUGGACCUUAUAAGAAAAUGAUAUCGUCUAAGAAGAUGAAAGAACCAAUACUCUAUUCUAGAGUUUGUCCUGAUAUUCCAAAGAAGAAAAAGGCUCGAUCUAAUAAAUCAAAAUAUAUCUGUAAUUGUUUUAAAGCUCCAGAAGAUAUGAUAACUAUAAAAAGCAAAUUGGAUGAAAAUAACCUGGAAUCAACACAGCAGCUUUGCUCAUGUCUGACAAGUGACUUUACCAUGAAACCUGCUGAAAUACGUAUAAAGGACAUCUCUUUAUUGGAUCCAGACUUUGGAAAAAUUUCCUGUGGUUUGAACAAAAUGGACUGGAAUUUUUGAAGUACAUAAUACUUUUGAUGAAUCUCACAAACUGUUUUUUAAACGAAGGAAGGAACAAAUAACUAUUUUAAGAAUGUGAAGAAUUGCCACUGUUCAUAAAACUAAACGUAUAUCGGCAUUCUUGCUCAUAUUACAUGGAUUGAAUCUUUGAUAUUUAUAAAGCGACUAUGAUAAAUAUUUUCAAAGAUUAUUCCUCUUUCUUAAAAUAUUUUUAAUCUUAUAUGAAAAUUUUAACUUUUCAAUUAAGUGUAAAAUCGAUAUUGUAUGUUUCUUGAUUUUUAUAAGCUUCUAUAUUCAUCAAAUAUAUAACCAGAUUGAUCUAUGUGUAUAAAAAAUGAAUCAGAUUUUAUAGUCCAUGAUAUAUUUUGUACAGAUUAAUCAUUUCUUCUGAAUGUAUUAAAAUGUAAAAAUAAUUUGAAAGUCUUUAAUUUUCAUUUAUAAUGCUCAGUUUUUAAAUUUGUUAUGUCACUUUGUCAUAGAAUGUGGUUAGUGAGAUUAAAAAAAUGAAAUUUGCCUAUUCGCGGGAUUGGUUAUGGCAACAUGAACUUGAAGUUCUUAACCUCCAGAUUUAAUAAUGUUAAGAGAAAUAACAGAACAAUUGCAGAUACAUAAAAGAAGUGAAGUAUGCAGAAAUAGUAUAUAUAUAUGAUUUAAAAUUACAUAAUAAAAAUUUGAGAAUUUGGAUGUGCAGGGAAAAUUCACCCAAUAGAAUUUCGGCAAAAUCAGUCUGAGGAACACAUAUAAUGCGUAAAAUUCUAUUUAUUAAAAAUUGCAGUAUUAUAUUCUAUUUAUUUUGAUAGAUACAUAGACUUACAUAGAGUUGUUUACAAUUUGUUAUAAAGUUUUUGAUAUUAAAAGGAUUUUGAGGCUAAUAUAUAUAUGUAUAUUUUAUCUUAUUAUAAUCAUUUUGUAUUUGUAAAUGAAUUGAAAGAGAAAAAUGGUUCUAAAAAAUGUCAGACUUUUUAUAGCUAAAAUUGGAUGUUUUGUAAAAUGUAUUUUAUUUUAUAUUCUUUUCUUUGUUACAUUCUAGACUAGUCACGUUUGUUAAGAAUAUGGAUUGUGUUUAUUUUCAUCUAACUCAUUUAUGCCUAACUUAAUAUUCAUGAUUCCCACACAAAAACAUUUUUAAGUAUCAAAUUGUGAUAGAAAUUAAAGCAUUUACUUGUUCUGUUCAUUGUAUAUAUGAACCAUCUUGAUAGAGUAAAGUCCCAUGACAUUAUAGUGCUUAAAAACAUACAUACUGGUUUAUGUAUCUUCAAGUUUUCAUAGUAUUUAAUUUCGUUAUUUUAUUCAUUACUAGACGCCUUUAGUGACCACUUGCAAAAAUUGUUAAGUUUAGUUUAUAGACAUAAGACUCAUAUUAUAUUAGAAGCCAUACUUUUUUUUUUUUUUUUUGUCAAAAAAGUGGAAAUGCCUUUUUUGGAAUACUACCCAUUCGAAAAAUAUUGAAUAAAUUUAAAUAAUAAAUUAUUAUUUGUUUAAAAACCAAUUUUUUUUCUGAAGUACACACAGCCAGAACCAGAUUAAGCUUGCCAAGAUCUUUUAAGCAUUGCAAAUCUUGGUUUCUCUGGUUUCUUCUCCCUAAUUUCUGAAAUUAGAUAUUUUAUAAUUUAAAUUUAAUUUUAUAUGAGUAGUUUUAUGCAUCAAAUAUUGGCAUGUUGAAAUAAUAAACCUUUUAAUUAUGAGCUACUGGAGACAUGGAUUCAAUAUCUUGCAUAUUAAAACCAUUCAAAAUGUAAAUUUUAAAGAAAUUUAAUGCAAAAUUUAAAAAAUAAUAAUAUUUUUAAUUUAAUCUAAGUUAUAUUUAAGUAUAUUCUGUCUUUUCAAGUAUAAUAAAAUAAUAUAAAAUGUGUAAAAAAGUGGUU